AUGUCUAUCAGUGUGGACAUUCUCAAGGAUACUGAAAUCGGAAAGGCUGUCAAUGGCUUGAGGAGACAUAGUUCCGAUACGAUUAGCAAACUUGCAAAGACUCUUUUAGGAGAGUGGAAGGAGCUGGUAGACCAAUGGAUGAACACUCCAAAAGAAAUUUCUGGAGCUGAAGGGACACCCGAGUCUGCAAACCUUUCUGUACUCGAUGAAGAAGAAGCGUUUCCUUCUCCUCCACAUGAUUUAGAUUUCUUUGCACCUGACCCCAAUGGAUUUGAACUCUCUCAGAUCUUUGAUUGCUUGGACUGCGAUGGAAAUCCUCGUGACAGUGUGGGAUCUAAACAUGAGAGAACAUUGCCAAGUAGCGCAAGAGGGAGACUUGAGGAUACAAAUGAAGCCAAUGUGGUUGGGAGGUACAACAAGGAUCAACAGAUGAGGAGAAAAGAAGCUGAUGUUAGACCUAUGAAGCACUCUGCCACCGAUUUUGAUGAGCCUAGAAGACAACCAAAGCAAAGUGGAGAACAAAAGGCACCUGCGAUCCAAAGAAAACCGCUUGUUGUUGCUGAGCAGAAGCGGAAACUUGCUGAAUCUCAACAAGAUAAACUUAAAGAUCUGGACCCGGACGCAAGGUUUGAGUUUGCAAAGCGGAAACUCCAAGAGAGCUACCAACAACAUGAGAAUGCCAAGAGACAGAGGACGAUACAAGUACUGGAAACAAUCCCAAAGCAAAGUAAAGCUCAUAAACCGCAACUCAAGAGAUCCGUGCGAAGAUAG